CAGCUGAGAAGUGCGGCAGUUUUUACGUUCAUCUCCAUUCCCCGCAUUUUUACCCCCUCUGGGACCCCUCUCCCUCCCUUGCUAUAUUUAUCUUAGCUACCAGAGCACUGGAAUCCAGGCUUCUUAUAUUACGUGAUUUUGUUUUCUUUCCUACAUGCCUUUCUCGUAUGCUCUACUGUCCAGCACAAUCAAAAAUGGCGUCUAUACAGCUUGACCCUACCCUGCUCAACAACAUCAAAUUUAAAACGGUCGUGGUGACUGGAGCAGCGGGAGGGAUAGGUCUGGAGAUCGUACGACUGUUUGAGAGUCAUGGAGCGAAUGUAGUGAUGGCAGACCUCGAACGCGCGCGUCCAGCAGCAGAAGCAUUGAUAGCUACACUACCGGAUCCAUCACGUGUCAUUUUCGUCCCGGCCAACACUCUUGUCUGGGCCGAGAUGAAGGAAAUGUUCAAGACCGCCAUUAAAACAUUUGGGGGCGUGGAUACGGUCAUUGCAAAUGCGGGAGUGAUGGAAAGCCAUGCGGUGUUGGACGUCGAAACCGUUGAUGCGAAUGGAGAUCUUCUGGAAGCAACGGAGGCUUCGAAGGUCAUUGAUAUCAAUCUGAAAGGCACACUGAGUACAUUGAGACUCGGUUUACACCACAUAAAGGACAACGAUAAACACCCAGACGGGUCACGAGGCUCUAUUGUCUUGAUCAUCUCCACUUCUGGAUAUUUCGGUGGCACCGGUGUAGCGGCAUAUAUCUCUUCUAAGCAUGGUAUAACAGGAUUACUGCGGGCAUCUCAGCUUGAAGCAACAAAACACGGUAUCAGGGUGAAUGCCGUAGCUCCCUUUGUCACGCCUACUAGUAUGGUUGGUGGUUUCGCAUCGCAAUGGGCUGCCAGUGGACUCCCGAGUAAUACGACACAGCAGGUCGCGCAAGUAGUCGCAACUAUUUCUGAGGAUCCUAACAGAAGGGGUGCCUGCUACUUGACCUGCGGUCCUAUCAUUAGGGAAAUGGAACUUACCCGGAAUGCUCUUCUCAGCCAGUGGCUCGGCAAUGAUGUUGCACAGCUAAUGGCGGGUGCAGGUAGCUUCUUUGCAAGUAUGGGUGGAUAUCCUCUACCUAGGUUGGAAGCGCUGCAAUCCUGA